AUGGUGCUGGCAGCUCUGCUGAUCGGCCUCAGCUGCCUCGGCCUCCACACCCUCUGGCAGGCCCAGGCUGUUCCCAUCCUGCCUCUGGGCCUGGCUCCAGACACCUUUGACGAUGCCUAUGUGGGCUGUUCAGAGGAGAUGGAGGAGAAGGCAGCGUCCCUGCUAAAGGAGGAGAUGGCCCAGCACGCCCUGCUGCGGGAAUCCUGGGAGGCAGCCCAGGAGGCCUGGGAGCACAGGCGACGAGGGCUCACUCUGCCCUCCGGCUUCAAAGCCCAGCAUGGAAUAGCCAUUAUGGUCUACACCAACUCAUCCAACACCUUGUACUGGGAGCUCAACCAGGCCGUGAGGAUGGGUGGUGGCUCUCGGGAGCACUACAUGAGGCACUUCCCCUUCAAGGCCCUACAUUUCUACUUGACCCGGGCCCUGCAGCUGCUGCAGGGCAGUGGAGGCUGCAGCACGGGACCUGGGGAGGUCGUGUUCCGAGGUGUGCGGAGCCUUCGCUUUGAACCCAACAGGCUGGGGGACUCUGUCCGCUUUGGCCAGUUUGCCUCCAGCUCCCUGGAUGAGGCGGUGGCCCGCAGAUUUGGUAAUGCCACCCUCUUCUCUCUAAGGACUUGCUUUGGGGCCCCUAUCCAGGCCCUGUCUGUCUUUCCUGAGGAGCGUGAGGUGCUGAUUCCCCCUCAUGAAGUCUUCUCGGUCAUCCGGUUCUCCCAGGACGGAGCCCAGAACCUAGUGACUCUCUGGAGCUAUAAUCAGACCUGCAGCCACUUUAACUGCGCCUAUUUGGGUGGGGAGAAGAGGCAGGGCUGUGUGUAUGCACCAGAAGUCCUGGGAACUGGUGACCUUCUUGUUAAUAUAAAGAAAGGGGGCUUCAAACAGCCCCAAGAAGCAAGAACAUGGUUUUGGAUCCAGCCCUAGCAGCCAUCUCCCCAACCAGGAUGUGGGAAGACCUGAGGCCACAGCAGGGUUGAGGGAGCCCCGCUCUGUGGUGGGGACUUCCUGAGACAAGCAAGGGAAGUACUGUGAUGGUUACUCGAUUAAACGCUGUUGCAGUGUG